AUCAAGAGUCCGCGUCAUCCUUCCUAAUCCCAUCCGGGUUAUAAUCUUUUGCGCAUUUACACGAAGUCGACGUCAGCUUUCGAGUUAGAACAUACGUGUCUAAGUAUUCCGGAAAAAAACCUUUUCAACAUGGACCAGGUAAUGCAAUUUGUGGAGCCCAGUCGGCAGUUUGUGAAGGACUCGAUAAGGCUUGUGAAGAGGUGUACCAAGCCAGACAGAAAAGAAUUCUCAAAGAUUGCCAUGGCCACAGCGAUAGGUUUUGCUAUCAUGGGCUUCAUUGGUUUCUUCGUCAAACUCAUCCACAUCCCAAUCAACAACAUCAUUGUUGGUGGUUGAAUAUCUCCCCUGGCUGAUUAACUACCUGCAACUGGACAUGGGAUUAAAGUGUUAACAUUUUUUUGUAUAUUAUAAUUAUCUUCAGUUCAUAUUUGUUUGCUUUGUAAAUAAAUUUGGAUUAAUAAGAGAUCAAAUCUCAUGUGUUUAUUUCCUCUAAAUCACAGAAAAUAUUAACUUCGAUCUAGGGCGUUGGCAUUGGGCAUAUUGUUUUGAUUAACACAUUAUUUGUUACAUUUCUGUAAGGAAUGACUGAUACUGUCUAACAUGAUCUGAUUCUGAAUGGACUGAUUAAAUAAAGUUCAUUAUCUCCUGUU